AAGAGCAAUAAACAGAUAUAACGGUCAUAAAUCACGAUCAGUUGAUUGGUCAAUUUAAAACGAUAAGGUUACGCAGAAAAUAUUCAAUGUGAAGUAAAUUGUUAAAAAUCUAUCUGAUAAGAACAAUUUGACCAACCACAAUGUUAUUAAAUUGCUGCUCUUGACAACAUAUUAUUUAAUGUUAUUAAUUCAACUAAUUUUAUCAUUCUCAAUUAAAUUUACAAUGCACAUCUAUCAUCCAUUUUCAAAUUGAAGUUUGUGAAGUUGUGUGUAUGUACAAUGUGUUUUAUUUUUGGAUAGAUAACUACACAAAAUUAAAUUUUGUCGGUAUUUAUUGUAGUCUGAUUAAAAAGAAAAAAAAUAUUACCUAUACAAGUUAUUAAUGCGAAAAAUUAAGAAUGUGUAACGAUUUCUUACCGGAAUCCGUAAAUGCAUUUUUGGACGAUGUUGAAACUACUACAUGUUUACCGAUACUCAUAAUCAUCGUAUUUUGCACCUUACAAUUUAUAUUCAAUCACAUUACUGAUGUUGGAUGUGUACUUUCUCAAACUCUACAAGAAAGAUCGGAUGACAAAGAAUUUGAUUCUGCCAGACGGGCUAAUUUAAUAAAUACAUUAAAAGAGAUGCUAUAUAAAUUCAUAUUUAAAAAACAUACAGAAUCAAAUUUAAAGUCCAGUUCGAAUUCAUUUUAUAAAAGAAAUAAUAAAGAUGUCAUAUUAAUGCAUUUUGUUAAUUGGUUGCAACUUUCAAAGUUGACUGACACAUUUAAUAAAUUGUUGUUAAAUAUUUAUUUAAUAAUCAUAUUCAUACGAAUAGCAGGUGCAUUAUUGCACAUUGAAUUAAAAAGCUACAAGGGAAAUGCCACCAUUUUACAAUAA